CCACGCCCAGAACUCCAGUACCUUUCCCCCGUCGCCUCGUUAGUCACUCGUUCAUUUUGGAAGGUGCUACAGAGAAAGUACCCGCAGAGCGAGGUUCUCCAAGGAGGGGGAAUCGGGCAAAGGUUCCCCAGUUAUCGCCGGGCCUGUGUUUACAAAUAGGUGCACUGAAUCAACCCUGGGUAUUCCACGUGAAAAUCUGUCAACAUGAACUUAUCUUCCCACAUCUCUUCCCUGGGAGACGAAUACAAAUCUAAGGAUUAUAUUGAGCCGCACUAUAAAGAGUGGUACCGUUUGGCUAUUGACAAGUUAGUGGAUGAAGAUAUUUCUGGCUAUGAGGAAUUUCUGGCAAAAGAAGGGCUGAGCUCAUUCCUGGCUGAGGAGGAACUUUAUUUCAUCAAGGACAAUGCCAGGAAGUUGGCUCCAACAAGCUUCAAUAGUUCCGAGGAAGAUACGGAUGGCUCAUCCUCUGGCACUUACUGGCCUCUUGAGUCCGAUACAGAAGUCCCCGACUUAGACAUGGGAUGGCCGUACGUUGUAAAAUGCUUGGAGACCCAAACCAAAGUUGAGUUACAUUUCCAUCCACCAAGAGAAGAUUCGCCCACGGUCAAGGAGAUAGUGAGGAACCUCAUCAAGAAUGCACGACAGGUCGUUGCAAUAGUUAUGGAUAUGUUUACUGAUGUAGACAUCUUCAAGGAAGUGCAGGAUGCGGCUGCCAAAGGUGUUCCAGUCUACAUUGUGCUCGAUGACUUCAACUUCAAACACUUCACCACCAUGUGUGAGAAGCAGGGGGUUCACCUCCAGAGGCUCAUGAAUAUUAGGAUCCGAACAGUCAAGGGAUUAGAUUAUCUUUGCAGAUCGGGAAGCAAGUUCCAUGGAAAGAUGAUGGAGAAGUUUCUGUUGGUGGACUGCAAAACAGUGGUAUAUGGAACAUACAGUUUCAUGUGGUCCUUUGAAAAGAUACACCUUAGUAUGGUGCAGGUGAUCACUGGGCAGCUGGUGGAAUCAUACGACGAAGAGUUUCGGACAAUAUAUGCACGUUCUGAUAUCCCCAGCAUGUUCUCGACAGAAAAUACGGCAGAGAAAAGGCAAACACAGAUCUUUCAAAACGGAAUUAGCCGUGACAUUUACCAACAUUCGGUGAAGUCGAAUGUUUCAUCUUCCAAUCUGCACCAGCCUUUCAGCCGAACGAACCCCACGAGACAUACCCUCGACACCUUGUACCAAAAGUUUAAUGUAGGACGCAAUGUACAGCAAAAUGAGUGGGAUAACAUCAGCAACAAAAUGAACCAGCGGACUGUGUACACCAAGCCUUUUGUUACAAAUCAUAUGGAUCCAACUAAUAGAGUGGGUCGUAACCAGGCUUUUGAGAAGAGUGAUUAUUGGAAAAGGCACAGCUAUGCUGGGGAGCAGCAAGAAACGUCUGCCAGACUUUUGUUGAAUCAACCGACAAAUCACAGACCCUUAUUUCAACGAAGCAGCCAUAAUUUACUGGAGGAAAAUGAAAGUGUAGGUUCUUCAACCCGAGGUGAUUUUAUGCAACGAACACAUGGGAAAUUCUUUGAGCAGCGGACUCAGGAAAGAAAUAUGCCAAAUUUCGAUAGGAGCUCAAGAAUGCGGAACACUUACCACGGGCCCAAUAUGCUCCAAUUGGCCCCCACCCACAAGCUGCCCAACCUGGAGAGCAUGAAAAGGACAGGGCUGCGGAACUGGAGGAUAGAAAGUUACUUAAAUGCACCCAAUGCUUCACAAACAAAUUCCAUCAUUGACCCAUUUGAACAUAAGGCUCCCAGCAUGAUGGACAGGGGAGUGAACUCCAUUGGCCACAGAGUGCAAGAACAUUCAGAAUUAAUGGGCAGAGCAGAAAUCAAAACCAAUCCAAAUCUGGUGCAUUCCAGAUUGCGUGCUUCAAUUAUAUACAAGGCUCCUCAAGUAGGGGAGGAGGGCACCAGAAGUCAUAACUCAGGAUCAACAUCUUCAACUAUAGGUUCAGAUUCCAUGCCAGCAAUUCCACAAGUCCUUGCAGCGAACAAAACGGUACAUUCAUUGUUUAACACGGACAAAAAUAACUCACAGAAUUAUGUGAAUGCACCAGCUGUGGCAGUGUUAGAGCAGCGAUCUGCAGCAUUAAAGACUUUCCAAAGUGACACCGAGUUGAAUCAAACUCCCAACCUCCAACGUCAACAUAGUUUUAAUCGGACGUUCCAAAUGCAUGCGAAUGAACAAAGCUCAGCAGUGCCCACAUCAAACAUGAAUGCCGCUGUUGGCAGGACAUUAUCAAUCCCGGCUCUGAGCAAUAUGAAGGGGGAUGAAUCUCCAAGGAUCUGGCAUUUGGAGAGAAACGGCAAAACGCUCAACCAACCUUCGACCUUCAUUCGGAAGAGCUCAGACAAAAUCCGAUCUCUACUCAACAUCUCGACUGAGAAGAGAGAUCAUGGAUUGAGAAGCAGAGGAUCCGUUGCAUCCUACAAAACGAGUAGCAGCACUGAUACUUUGACCUCAGAAGAUGGCCGUCACGAUAGGAUAGAUCUUACUGGGAAUGAGGAAAGUGUUAAGACAGUGAGCAUAUCUUCAAAUUCCUCAAACGCUCCACAAGUUGCUCGAUCCAAUCAGAAUGUGCAGCAAAAUGCAAACACCCACUUGCAUGCAAAAGAUUUUAGGUCGAUGGGAGACGAGUCCACUCCAAGAUUUUCCACAGAAAAAGUGCAGAUCAGACAGGAGAACACAAGUACCAGUCCCACUGGAUCAUACACUUCUCGGGUAAUUAGGACCAACACUGAGGAGGCCCAACCCAAAAUCAACACCACAAAAACGCAGCACAAUUCCAGCGAGCGGAGAGUCUUCAGCCGUUUUGAAAAGCAAUACGUAACACCAGAUAGUAAGCCAACACUAGAAGAAACGCUUUCAAAUUCAUUGCCAAGACAUCCACCAACGAGCAGCAACAAUACCGCAGCUGUCAAUGACGUACGCCGGAGUUUAAGAUUGUUUACGGCUCAAGGAAAUCAUGCUCGGCCGGCAGCUCCCCAUCAUGAAAACAAGUUUGAAAAAUUUAUGCAGAAGUUUGUGGGGACAUUCAAAACUAAAAAAUAAGAAGUUAAAAUCUUUUCCACUGAAAUUGCUUUUAUGGCACACUAAUGCUGAUGUUAACAAGUUUAAUACAUCAACAGCAACCCAAAAGAUAACGUGCUAAGCUUGCACUAAAUGUGAUUGUAUUUUGAAGGCUUCGGUCUAAAAUGCAAAAAUGAUGUGUCGGAGAUACUGCAAAAAGCAAACAUUUCUGUUCAACUGGUUUUAUGUUUUGAACUCAUUGUACAAUAUUUUCUUUGAGAAGGUGAGGAUUACUUAAUGCCAUCUAUUCAGUAUUUGAGAUUCUUGUUCUGUUUAUUGCACUGGAGGUGUGAACUCCUGCAUUCACUAACUGGGGAUGCACAUUUUGCCAAAUCUCUGAGACGCUUGAGUAUUAAAGAGAUGUCUGUGAUGAGAAAAACAUUUUUCACACAGAGAAUGGUGAAUCUCUGGAACUCUCUGCCACAGAAGGUAGUUGAGGCCAGUUCAUUGGCUAUAUUUAAGAGGGAGUUAGA